AUGGAGAGGUGCACGAAGUUGCCAACAUCCUUCGAGGAGAAGGGAGGUGGUGGUGGUGGUGGUGGUGGUGGUGGUGGUGGGACGAAGAUCGUUGGUCAAGUGAUGAAUGGAGGGGCCCGAAUAGACUGCCUUGGCGACUUGCGUGUCUCAGGAACUGAUCACUAUUGCGGCGUCACCGUCUUCCUCCCAUUCCACGAUUCUAUACUUCAAGAAGAAAAUUUUGAUAUUCACGCUCGAGCACUUGUGGAGGAUGAGAACUGA